UGAACAGUGAUUGGCUUAAAAAGGUAUUAGACACACCAGUGAUGUCACAAACAACUUUGUGUGUCAAAGGAGGAGAGCAAAGAGCCACAGACUCUGAAUAGCAGAUGCCGAUAGUAAGACAGCAUCAGUUUAAGAGUGUACAGUCUCAAUGCGAUGAUCAAAGCGAUGGCCCGUGAAAAAGGCUAUUUUGCCUGGAAAAUGGGGCCACUCCAGACACAGUUACGCCAAGGAGAAUAUGAAUUGUUCAAGUUUUCCCCUAUGUUUGAAAGUAACUUUGUCCAGAUCAGCAAGCAAGGGGGGCCAACCCAGAUCCACAACCAGGAAGAAACUGUGACUGUUGCCAUUACCGCUACAAGCCCUGUCCUACUGAUCCCCGAUGUGCUGCUCUUGGCUCGGCCCAUUGUCUCUCCUGAAGAGUAUACGCCAAAACUCAAAAACAAGUUCCAUCCUCACCCUCCAGUGAGAUACGAGCUAACAAGGUUGUUUCCUUUGUGCUUUGUCAAGAUUACAAUCCAUAAUGCAGAAAGACAACAGCUGCGGUUUAAGCUAGCAAAUGGCCGCACUUUCUACCUCCAGCUGAGUCCUGAUUCCAAAAGGCAAGAAGACCUUUUUGAUGCCUGGAUCAGGAUUGUGCAAUUGCUGCGGCCACCUUUAGAAGCUACUCUUAGUGAGAAGAAGGAACAACCAAGAAAAGCAAAGGGCCAAAGAAAGUUCCAAGGACUACGACGUGCUGCAAAGCAAAGCAAAGGUCCAUCUUCUCAACACAAAACUGCACUCAAGAGCAUUCAUGAUCCCCCCAAAAAGGCCAGCACUCAUCAAAAGGAGGUCAAGAAGAGACACAAGCCACCCCCAUCUUCAGAGAGCAUAACCAGCCCUCAGGUCACUGUCCCACCUUCCAAUGUAAAGUCUGUGAAAGCACAAGACCCUCUUACAUCCCCAGAAAGAGAGGAGACUGAAAAAAAACAAGAGGACAAUGAAACUCCUUUUACCAAAUUGGAGGAGGACGAGGAGGACAUGACAAAAGCAAUCCCUGGGCACAGGAGCCCAGCUAGUGAGAAGGCAGAGGCAGCUACCAAGCAGAGCAACUCUCAGCCUAAGAGAAAAUCUGAUCCCAAGAGGAAGCAUGACAAUCAAAGCAGGUCGGGACAAAGAGGUACUACCCGGAAGCCAAGGAAAAUGUGUGCCCUUCUCAGAGCCUGCGUCUGGGGCUACCCAAAAAAGGACGAGGGGGGCACCAAAACUCAGGGGAAAGGGAAGAAAAGUUAAGCAGAGAGAAGCAAAACAGCUGGAAACAUGAGGUGUAGAAGAAUCUACCUCAUUCCCCCAUGAAUUCUAGAUGUAAUAAA